GCGCGUGAAGAUCCGAGCUCGGGUUUAUUUAUGAUCCCCCUAGGACCGAAAUUCCCAUCGAUGAUGGCGUAAAGGCGGCGCCUUUCCGCAGUUCCCCCCCUCCCCUCCUCCCGUCCCUUUCCGCUCCCGCGCCCGAGAAUUUAUUGCCCGGGGCGCGCGUCGCGGCCGCAGCUCGCAAUGCUGCUCUCUGAUGACGAGCAGAGCAAAGAUGCAGCCUUUACAGUUUAAAUGCUUGGCCUGUUCGGCUGCAAGAUGCCCCUCGCGCAGCUGUGUACCACCCAUUCGUCACUGUGAUGAACUCCUGCUUGCGUAGAGCAGAGCGUUCUGGUUUAUCCCUGGUGCGCUCAGCUCGUCUCUGAUUUCACGAGGAUUGGCUCGGGGGGGAGUUCGGCCGCAUUCCGCGUGGAAAGCUUCGAGUUCUUGGUGCUUCUUCCUCUCCGCUGCGAAAAUCGCAGCUUUAGUAAGAGCUUAUCAGAUUUUGCUUUUUCUUUCUCUCCAUCUCUUUUGCUUUUCGGUUUCAGGCUUCGUUUGGGCUUCAGAGUACGCUAUACGUCUUGUUCUUCACAUUCCUUUCUACCUUGUCGUUAUACUUCUCCCCUCCCCUCCCCUGCUAAUCUGCUAUCAACGUCCUGGCGUCUUGUUCUUUUCGUUCUAUCGAUGUUCUGAUGAGAACUGCAAGAUUCCCUCUGAGGCCCAGCGCGUGCUGUUUCGUUGCUUUGCAUAGUUUCUCUGUGUUUUUUUUGUUUUGUUAUUUUGAAUUGUGAAUUCUUGAAACUUGAUACGUUUGAAGCUAACAGCUUCGAUUUUGAUUUCUGUCAAGUAGAAAGCCGAGCUUCUUUGGUCGUCUCUCUCCUGCCAGCUGUGGAGCUGUGCACUUGUUCAUGAUAAUAACUGAACUAUCCUACUGAGAAAAGUGCAGCCUUUCAAAGCCUUUCUCACUGCAAGAUUCCUUUUGAUGGUAAUCAUGGAUUUGUAAUUCUCUCCAUCCAAUUGGAAUAGUGCAUCUGCUUUUAUGUUACCUCCUGUUGGCUGCUACACAUUCUGCUUUUUCAUCUUGCCUGGUGUUGCUCAGUCCCCAUCGUAUCUUUUCGUCGGACGUGCCAUUCUCCUUUCUUUUGGUUUUAAAUAGAACCGGGCCAUGAACUGUACUCUCUUUGCAUCAAUAUGGCCUACUAAUGUCUGCAAAAAUCCAGCUUUUGCAUGUGUAUGUUUGAUGUUUUCCUGGAAGGACAGCAUCUUGCUACAGUGUACAGUACAUUUGGUAAUCUCAUCUGCCCUUAUAUGACCCAUACCAACAGUUUCAAAUUUAAGGCUUCAAUGAGAAAGGCUUUACAAGAAAGCGUUCUAUGCUUCGCUACGCUAGGGUGCUAGCUCGCCGGUUUCUUACCAGCUGCCUGUAAUACUAUUGUGACUUAAUUGACUAGAUCAUUUUUGCGGAUCACGGGACUCAUCAAUGGUGUUAUCCUCUGGGAUAUCCUUUGUGAUAAGAAGGCAAUGAUCAAUCUGUUCGACCUGAGUACAGGGAUGGCCAGUACAGAUGUACUAAUGGGUAGAACUCGCAGAGAUGGUUCUCAAGUUCGUAAAGGCCGGCAAGAUGUCAACAGAGCUUUUGGUCCCACUAUAGGUUGUGUAGAGGACAAACUACAGGUAGCUAGUACUAGGAGUUCUUCAAGCAACAGAUCAAAUGUAUCUGAAAUUAAGAGACUAGUAGCAACAGACAUUUCCAAGGAAGUGGAAUCGAAGAGGAAGCCGCCUAGUGUUGUUGCAAGAUUAAUGGGACUUGAUGAUGAUCCACCUGCUAAAGAACCAACAUUACAUUCUUCUAGAACAAAUUUGCGGAAAAGUCAUUCACUUGAUAAUUUGGCAGCAACAAACAUUCGAUGGCAGCAGCAAGAGCUGCGCCAUUACAGCAGCACAGCACCAAACGUACACAUAAGCCCCAAAGAAACAGUUGAAUUUAAGGAUGUGUAUGAAGUUUCUGAAGAUCCAUCAAGGAGACAUCAUAUUCUUGGGCAAACUUUCCCUAGGGAAAGAUCUUCGGGGAACAAGAGUGACAUUAAGAUAGAAGUUGUCCGACAAAAGUUUAUGGAAGCAAAACGCCUUGCCACAGAUGAAAAUCUCCUCCAUUCAAAACAGUUUCAAGAAGCUCUUGAGGUUCUAAGUUCAAACAGAGAGUUGUUUCUGAAGUUUCUUGAAGAACCAAACCCUGUUUUCUUGAAGCAGCUCAAUGGACUGGAAACAAUGUCUGCACCACCUCCGACAAAGCGUAUUACCGUGUUGAAACCAAUCAAAUCUGUUGAGAACAAUGGAGUAAGAGAAACCAGAACACACCGAGUUAAUGAAGAAAAUGAACCUGUGAUCAGAAAGACUCACCAGAGAUCUUACUCAGCAGAAGACAACUUCUCCAAGUCAACUAGGAUAGUGGUUCUAAAGCCUAGCCCUGGGAAGCCUAAUAGAACAGGAGCCAGGCUAUAUCCCGGAGCAGCUCCAUCUGAAAAAACUCGGCGACCCGACUUUCAUGGAGGCUUGCAAGAUGAUUCAUCCAUUGUAGGAUCUACAGAAUUACUGCAUGGCCCGGUUCAACACCUGCCAGAGAGUCAUCAUCGGCGUGACGAAUCCCUGAUAUCAUCCACAUAUUCAAAUGGGUAUGGAGGAGAUGAAAGCUCUUUCAGUGGGUCAGAAGUUGACUACAUUGAUGAAGGAUGUAGCCCAAGUGAUUCGGAGGUAGUCAGUCCAAUGUCACAACAUUCAUGGGAUUAUAUCAAAAGACAUAACACCCCUUACUCAGCCUCUACUUUUAGCAGGGCACCCCAUUCACAUUCACCUGAGUCAUCUGUGAUCAGGGAAGCCAAAAAGCGGCUUUCAGAGAGAUGGGCGACAGUAGCAUACAAUGAGAUUAAUCAAGAACAAGUACCGUUGCCAAGAAGCUCAACCACAUUGGGUGAGAUGCUCUCCCUUCAAGCCGCUAAGAAAGAAGCUGUUGCUGGGGUUGUUUCUGUUUCAAGUAACCGGUCUAGUGGCACAGAAAAUGAGUCGGCCAUGCAAGAUGCAUGUGAAUCUUCUUUAAGAGAGUAUGGUGAAAAUGGGAAGAGCUCUCCAAGGAAUUUAGCAAAAUCAAGGUCUGUCCCAGUGUCAUCAUCUAUAUUCGAUGACAGAGCUGUGAAUGCUCAAUCUGCAAAUUCUGAAGAGAUUUCGAAGGUGGUUACAAAGUCAGGUCGAGCAAAAUUAUCUUUCAAGGGGAAAAUAUCAAGUUUUUUCUUCUCAGGCAAUAAAAGACCUACAAAAGAGAAAACUUCCCUCUCAUCUGAUAACUCCGGAGAGAGGGUUGGAUGUAUUGGGUACAUGACACCUCAGUCUGUUCACAAUCUUGGUCCUGAUGAACAAAUAGCUUUUUGCAAGGACAAAACUGAUAAUUCCACCAGUCAAGCUCCCUGUUCUUCAAAAGAUGCUGGUUUGGUCGAAGUACCUGUAUCUUCUGACUAUGCAAUUGGAGAUGUUAAUGAAGUAAAAUCAAAUGGUGAUCUGAAAUCUAUCCCCGAUGAGCCCAGUCCUACUUCAAUUCUUGACACCGUAUUUGAAGAUAGCAACAGUAAUGAACCUGAAUCAUCUUCCUGCACCGAGAGGGUUGCUGUACAAUCCCCUGCAAUUGAAUCUUUUGCCCGCUCAUUAUCAUGGGAGGAUACCAACUCGUGUUCUUCGUUGCUAGGCUGCCUAAAGCACUCCAAUGACGAUUAUGAUGAACUACAAUGUUAUUCUCUUGUACAAGAAAUAGUAUCGUCUGCUGGAUUAGGCCAUCUGCAGUUAAGUAUAGUCUUCACAGGAUGGUACCUGCCUGACUCCCCCAUUGACCCUGCAUUGUGUGACAAGUUCUUGGAUCGCAAGGAAGAGAAUGCUAAAUCGAGGGAGCGAAGGUCAAACCAAAAGCUUAUUUUUGACAGUGUAAGCACGGCCUUGGUUGAGAUUGGCCAGGACGCCUUGCUGUGCACCUACCCAUGGAGCAGAGAAUGCUUAGGAACAUGGAGAGAGAAAUUAUCUCGAACUUUGGGUGAAGAAGUAUGGAACAUUGUGAGCGAUUGGCUUUAUGGAGAUGGGAGCUUUGUGGCAAACAUGGAAGACGAUGCUGGAACGACGUUGGAAAGAAUUAUGCAGGAGGAGGUGGAAGGCAAGGGUUGGAUUAAGUUAUUGACAAUGGAUACAGAUGAGAUCACUGAGCAGAUUGCCUGUGAAGUGUUGGACGACCUUGUCACCGAUACUGUGGAGCAUCAAGCAAUUUGUCUUUCAGAGCAUGGCAUUUCAAUGCCAGUGCCUAUGGUAAUGCCAAAUUAGCUGUAGGAAGCAAUUUCUGUCAUAUGAGCACAUCUCUUGAAUUUUUUUGUGCUGAAAGUGUUCUUCAGCAGCUUCAUAGAUUGUAUAUAAGUCCAAGUAGUUGCUUACUCGUGCUUUUUGCUUAUACCUCUACAACUGA